UUUCUUGUUACUCACUCAUUUAAAAAGAUAAACUUUUGGCAGCUUUAGUUUGAAAGUGGUCCGGAAGUGAAUGUGUGACGUAACAAGAUUUCCUCGGGAACAUCUGCCGUCAACGCUAGAUAUCUUCCCUUAAGUUCUGUUCCAGAUUGUGGCAGACUCAACUCAACUAGGAGCCAUGGCCAACUCAUCCAUAGAAAUAAUAUCCAACAUUUUGGAGCAAGCAGCAAAAAUAGCAGAAGAGCAGGUGGAUGCGAAGUUGAGCCAGCUGAAUGAAAUGGAUGAAGACGAGUUGGAGAAACUCAAAGAGAAGAGACUAGAGGCACUGAAGAAAGCACAGAAACAAAAGCAGGAGUGGUUGGCUAAAGGCCACGGUGAGUAUAGAGAGAUCGCCAGUGAGAAAGACUUCUUCGGCGAGGUGAAGGAGAGCAAGAAUGUCGUCUGCCAUUUCUACAAGAGUUCAACCUUCAGAUGCAAGAUCCUGGACAAACAUUUGGCCAUACUGGCAAAGAAGCACGUUGAGACAAAGUUUUUCAAACUGAAUGCAGAAAAGGCCCCUUUCCUGACAGAGAGGCUGCGCAUCAAAGUCAUUCCCACGCUGGCGCUGCUCAUUGACGGAAAGUCUAAGGAUUAUGUGGUUGGAUUCACUGACCUGGGAAACACGGACGAGUUUUCAACGGAAAUGCUGGAAUGGAGACUUGGAUGCGCCGAUGUUAUCAACUACAGCGGUAACCUGAUGGAGCCUCCAACAGCAGCACAGAAAUCAGGCACGAAGUUCUCUAAAGUUGAGAAGAGAAGCAUCAGAGGGCGAGCCUGCGAGUCUGAUUCAGACUCUGGAGAGGACUGAAAACUCAAAAGCCGCUUUUCUUCUACCUCAGCAUUAGGUCGAACGGAAAGCUCUUCCCAAGUUAUUUCCUUAUUAGCAUUUCAUUUCCUUUUGAGUGGAUAUAUUUCGUCAGUCUUGUCCUUGAGCCACCAUUGUAACACGUGUGCCAAUGUUAAAUGUGUUCAGGAUUUUGCAUCAGUAUAAUUUUUUGUAUGAAAAGAAUUUGACAAAUCUUGACUUUGUUAAUGUAUUUCAGUAACAAAUCCAGGCUUCAGGAGCUUCUGCUCUGCUCUGCUCACCUGAUUCAGGUCAUCAGCAGCAGAUGUGAUUAGGAAUCAGCACCCCCAAUUGUGAGAAAUCCGCCUUGAAUCAUUUUUGAUUAAAUGACUAAGAUGCAGAAAGAACGUCUGCAGUUUUUUUUGUUGAUAAAGUUAAUCUUUUCCUUAAGUUAUUUCCUCUCCAAUCACUAAGCAGCAGCAUGACUCAGAAUAUAAUAAGCUUUUGUAGUGUUGAGCAUAUAUUUGCUUGAUUUUGCAGUUUGAUUCUCCACCCCCCUGUAAGUUCUAAAUAAACAUUCAUGUUCCUGUCUCUUUUUAAUACCUUAUUGAGGAGACACAUCCAGCCCACAUGUUAUAAUAGCUUCUAUUCAAGUUUAUACCUCUGUUAACCUUUGAUAAGACAUUCAGAGAAAUGUCUAAAUGUGGACGUCUUAACUUAUUGAUGUUUCGGAUUCAACGUUUUUUUCUGGUCUUUUUCUGGUCUUGGUAAAAUAUACCAAAUCAUUUUCCUAACUUUGAAAAAUGUAUUCAUGAUGUCACUCAUGUCAAUUAAAUGUUUCAAACAUCAA